CAGCAGCAUAAAUCCCUUUCCUGGUCCAAGUUGACGGUCCCUUUUAGGAAGGUUGCCAGCCACCCCGAUGUGGUUUACGUCCCAUAUUUCCUACAUCUUUUUACUAAUUGGUCUAUACAUUUUAGAAAUGUCAGGUGCUAGCGACGGGAAAUUUAGGUAUUUCGCGUUUGGAAGCAACUUGUUGAGGGAAAGGCUCCAGCUGAAGAAUCCAUCGGCGGUGUUCUUCUCCACCGGUCGCCUGAAGGACUACAAGCUGAACUUUGGCCUGUGGGAGGAAAAAGUGGAGACCGCGUGGCACGGUGGAGUGGCCACCAUCGAGUCCUGUCCUGGCGAAGAGGUUUGGGGGGUGGUCUGGACUCUGAACAAUGAAAACCUCUCAACCUUAGACAACCAGGAAGGUGUGAGCCAUGGAGAGUACUCCCCGCUGGAGGUCUCUGUUGAGACCGACCAGGGCGUGAUGCUCUGCAGAACGUAUCAGAUGAACAAUUUUCACGCCUGCCCUCCGUCUCCCCAGUACAAGCAGGUGGUGUGCCUGGGCGCCGAGCAGAACGGGCUUCCGAAGGAGUACCUGAAGCGGCUGGAGGCCGUUCAGACCAACGGCUACGCCGGCCCGUCGCUCCUGGAUCAGAUCAGACCGGCCAUGACGGAGCAACCUGAAAUUAGUAACUGAGCAAAAACAUACACGGAUAAUGUGACUCGUUUAAGCUCCACCUGUUUAUGGCUGAUUUUUUUAAUAGAUUCGGCUCCUGCUACGAAUAAAGGACACGUUUUUAAUCACAAGACGGUUAGCGGGGGCCGCCACGCGUCCCAAAAUUACGCAAUUAGCGUUUCAUCGCACUGCUAACAAGUUAUCAGAUGUUUUCCACAGAUGCUCAGACCAUAUUUAA